AUUGGGGGGCUCCUGAGGACGUUUGGGGCUCCCAGAGAGGUUGGGGGGUCCCCGAGGUCGUUUGGGGCUCCCAGAGAUGAUUUAAGGGGCUCCCGAGGGGCUUUGAGGCUCCCAGAGAGGAUUUGGGGGGCUCCUGAGGGCGUUUGGGGCUCCCAGAGAGGAUUUGAGGGUCCCUGAGCGGCUUUGGGGCUCCCAAUGAGGAUUUGUGCCUCUCAGCCCCCCCAGUCCCCAACAGGGACCCCCCAAAUCUCCUCUAGAAACUCCAAACCCUCCCAAGGACCCCAAAACCUCCGUGCCCUGUCCCCCUUGGACAUCCAGACCCCUCCAGGGGAACCAUAAAACUCUCCCAGGGACCUCCAGGGACCUUGUUUGUUUGGGGUUCCCGGAGAAGAUUUGGGGGGUCCAGGGGGACGCGGGGUUCCUCGGGGUUCUGGGGGGUCCCUGGGUGGUUUUGGGGGUCUCUGGGUGGUUUGGGUUUCCCUGACUGGUUUUGGGGGUCUCUGCGUGGCCUUGGGGUUUCUGGAGGAGUUUGGGGGGUCCAGAGGGUGAGGGCUUCCGGGGGGAAUUUGGGGGGUCCCCGAGUGGUUUUUGGGGUCUCAGUGGGGUUCGGGGUUUUCCAUCUCCAUUUUAAGGAGAAACACUUUUAACUGCCUGAUUUCCCUCCCGGCUCCAGAUGGUUUUUCUCAGUCCUGCCUGGGGUUUGGGCCAGAAUUCCCCGUUCCCUGGAAAUCCCCGCUGGGACUCGGGUCGUUCAUUUUGGGUAAAAAAAACCCGUAUUUGGGUCCGUCCCUCCCCCCGCGGUCACGGGGGCAGAGGGCUCCAGGGGGGCAGCGAUUCUGGGAAUUCGGGGGGUCUGGGAGGAUCCCUGGAGGUCCCAAGACAUCCCUGGGGGUCCCACACCUGUCCCAACAUCCCUGAGGGUCCCACACGUGUCGUGACAUCCCUGGGAGUCCUACCCCCCCUUCCGACGUCUCUCAGUGACAGGAUCCAGCUGCCACUUCCCAAAUUCUCUGGAACUCCGGGGUCACUCCCCUUUGGCUCCCCUCAUUCCCAAAAUUCUGCCGAAUCAGCCCAAAUCUGCAGGUUUUUGGCCCAAACCCCCAGGUUUUGGCCCAAAUCCGUCCCUGGAAGUGGCUCCAGUCGAGACCCGUUUGGGUAUAAAAGAUGGAUUUGGGGCCAGACGCCGUGUCCAUAGGAUCCUGGGAAUUCGGGAGCUCAGGGACCGCAAUGGCUUUGCGUGGGACCUGGUGGCUCCUCCUUUCCUUCUGUGCUCUCUCCAACUGCAGCUCGGGGGGUCGGGAAUUCCUGGUUGUGUUCCCCCAGAAUGAUGAUGAGUCCCCGAGUGCAACGCUGAAGCUGCUGCUCACCCGGCAGGGCCCCAGUGACACGGCGGCCUCGGUGACACUGCAUGGUCCCUUCGGCACCCGCGAGGUCACUGUGCCACCCGGUGUCACCAAGGCCGUGCCCAUUCCCGCCCACCUGGAGCUCACAGGGAGCCGCAUGGCCAACAAGACUGUGGUGGUCCGGGCCAGUGCCGAUGUGGCCGUGGUGGCCAUGAGCGCCAAGGGCUACACAGUGGGUGCCACGGCCCUGCUGCCCAUGCCCAGCCUGGGCACCAGGUACUUUGUGGUGACACCCAUGGGGAGUGACAAUUACGGCAUGGCUGAGCUCGUGGUGGUCGCCGGUGCUGCCAUCACCGCGUCUCCAUCACCACCACGGCCACAUUCCAGUAUGCCGGGGACACCUACGUGCCGGGCGCGGUGCUGCGCCUCUUCCUGCAGCCCUACCACAGCCUGCAGCUGCAGAGCAGCAGGACUUCACCGGCACCGCUGUGGUGGCCAACACACCUGUGGCUGUGCUCAGCGGCCACACUUGCACCAAGGUGGCCGCGGGCUAUGACUUUGUGGUAGAGCAGCUCCUGCCGACAGUAGCGUGGGGGAGGAACUAUGUGGUGCCACCCAACCCGGUGCAGCCAGGCACUGACCUUAUCUAUGUGGUGACGGAGGAUUGCAACACCGUCACCUAUAACAGCAGCAGCGGGGAGGUCACCAUGGCCAUGGCAGCAGGGGAGGCGGGCAUUGAUGGUGAACCACAACUCCCCCCUGCACCUCACUGCAGUGGCAGCGGUGCAGGUGCUGCUGUUCUUCACUGGCUCGUCUUGGCAAGACCCCUUCCUCCUCAUCGUGCCACCUGUCACUGCCCACUGCACCGCAUUCCACCUCAACACUGUGCCUGGCUACUACAACCAUGCCAUCCUCAUUGCGCCCACCGCCGCCACCGCUGCCACCACUCUCAACCACCAACCAGCUGCCGCUGUGAAGUGGCACGGUUCCCGGCACGGAGUUCUCCUGGGCUGGCAUCACAGUUAGUCCCCAGACACGGAGUGCCGAGAACCCACAGGCACCCAUGGGGCUCCUGGUGUUUGGGUUCGAGAGCAACACCGGGUACGGCUUUGCUGGGCUCUGCAUCACCGCUCCAGAGCCGGUCUCCUGCGAGGAUUUGAUGUGCGAGGGGAGGUGUGAGGUGGUGGAUGGACAACCAAAGUGCGUCCAGGAGACCUUCUCCACCUGCUGGCUCGCCAGUGGUUCGCACUACCGGAGUUUUGAUGGGAAGACCUUCGAUUUCAUGGGAACGUGCACCUACACCUUGACCACCCUCUGCAGUUCUGAUCCCACCUUUCCCACCUUCUCUGUGGAGGUCCAAAAGGAGAAAAAGGAGAACUCUAAAGUCUCCUCCAUUGGCUCCAUCAACGUCCGCGUCGACAAUGUCACCGUCACUGUGGUCCAGGCAGAAAAUGGGAUGGUGAGGGUGAACAACCACAGCUCUCGCCUGCCCAUCUCCCUCUCCUGCGGGAAGCUCCGGGUUCGCCAGAAGGGCAAAUCCGUGUUGAUCCAAUUGGAUUUCAUGCUGAAGGUCCUCUACGACUGGGACGAUCAUGUGGUGGUCAAAAUUCCAGCUGCUUUUUCUGGGAGAGUCUGUGGGUUGUGCGGGAACAGCAAUGGGAACCCCCAGGAUGAUGCACAGGCUCCCGAUGGGAGCGGUGGGAUAUCGUGGAGCUGGGGCAGAGCUGGAAGGUGACCAAUGGAAGCGGUCACUG